AUGACCAUCACGACGGCGACAGCGAGAAUGCUGCGCUCCGUGCUUAGCGUCGGCCGCCUCUCUUCCUCUCCCCGCAAGCUCCACGUCAGCAGCCUCCAACACCGCCGACACCUCACAGGCAGCAAUGCCCCGGGCCUCCUCAAGAACAGGGGCAGCACCAUGCCGCCGCGCCCGAAGCCGCCGCCCGCCGACGAGAUCGAGGAGUCGUUCCUGAAGGGCAGCGGGCCGGGCGGACAGAAGAUCAACAAGACCAACUCAGCCGUCCAGCUCAAGCACCUCCCGACGGGCCUGGUGAUAAAGUCGCAGGCGACGCGCUCGCGCAGCCAGAACCGCACCAUUGCGCGCCAGCUGCUGGCCGACAAGCUCGACGACCUCGCGCGCGGCGGCGAGAGCCGAAACGCCGUCGUCGGCGAGUUCAAGCGCAAGAAGAAGGCCAGCUCGGCCAAGAAGAGUAGGCGCAAGUACCGCAAGCUGGAGGAGGAGGGCAGCAGGCAACAGGACGACGAGGAAGAGGUUGACGGGAUAGAAGAAGCUGAAGAAAAACAAGGGAAAGGCCAAGAACAAGACCAGGAAGAGUCUAAUGAAGCGCUUGCCGAAAUGCCCAAUGACUUAGAUAGACCACAGAAAUAA